AUGACGCAUUUAUUCCGUUUAACAACACCUUUUCUUCGACCAACACCUCUUCAAUUCUGCAAGCAACGUGCCAUGUCUACCUCAGCAACUCAUAAUCAUCUCACAGACAACUGUAUCUUUUGUAAGAUUAUAAGAAAAGAGAUCCCAUCAUUCCAGCUUAUUGAAACAGAAAAGUCUUAUGCCUUCAUGGACAUCGAACCUCUUAGUGAGGGUCAUUCUUUGGUGAUUCCCAAAUAUCACGCUGAAUUUAUGCAUCAAUUACCCGAUGAGUAUCUCACUGAUGUGAUGCCCAUUGCCAAAAAGAUUGCAGCAGCAGGCGGUUUUGCUCAAUACAAUGUGUUGCAGAACAAUGGGCCUCUUGCCAAUCAAGCAGUUCCUCACGUUCAUUUCCAUGUCAUUCCUAAGCCUGACAGAGAAACUGGAUUGGGUGUACGUUGGAAUACAUUAAAGAAGCCAAUGGAUGAGAUUAAAGCCACCUAUGAGCGCAUAAAAGAGAAUUUACCAGGCUGGCGAUGCACAAACACUCUGUUAACAUGGAGAAUUAUUGGUGAGACACGUCUCAAGCCUGUAGUAAAAAUCAAUUGUGUAUCAACCAUUUCAUCCAAGCUCUCAUGCCAUGCUCCAGGUCGACAAGUAAAGCUCUUUAACACUGAGCUUCAAGUCAACCUUAAAUGGUAUUGCAACACAACGUUUGAUUUCAAUAAAAAGCAGCUCUUUUGCACACAAAACAACUUGGAAUACUGCCAUGCUAUUCUAUCUCGUCAGUUUUGUGAGAUUCAACGCUCUCGUGUAGAAGGAUUAUUAGCAGCAUUUCCCAAAUUAACGAGUGCAGGAAAGCAGCAUACAACCAUCGAGACAGAGAAUGUGCGUUAUGUGUACCAACCAUUGGAGGAGCUAUUCAUAGUGCUUGUAACGAAUCGUCAGUCCAACAUCCUCCAAGAUAUUGAAUCACUGCGCCUUUUUGCUCGUGUGGUCACUGAUCUAUGUCGACAUUGCACUGAAUACGACACCUCCAAGAGAGCUUUCGAGGUUUUAUGCGCAUUUGAUGAAAUCAUCACCGAGGGAUACAGAGAAAAUGUAAGAUUGGCUCAAGUAAAGAGCAAUAUUGUUAUGGAAAGCCACGAAGAAAGAAACCAAGAGAUUAUUGCCAAGAAUAAAGAGCGAGACGCAAAAGAGGAGCUCAAGAGAAGAGCCAAGCAGUUUGAAAUGCAGCGCAAAGAAGCAACUAAACGAGGACAGGGAUUCAUGCAAGGCAACUUUAGUAAUGGAAGUGAAAAAGAUACAAGCCAGAGCUUUGGCAUGGAUCGUUAUUCACCUUCCAUCGAUACAUACAAAUCAGCUCAAUUGUACGAUAGGCCUCUGUCAUACAGUCACUCUUCAACACCUCCAGUUUCGCAGGCCAAGGGCAUGAAGUUGGGACGCAAAGCAAAGGCAUCUGCUCUGUUCAAAGUACUCAAAACUGACGUUGUGGAUGAAGCUCACUUACCAUCUCGUUCGAGUUCUGCUCCUGCUACACACAACACAGAUCAAUGGCCAAUCCAUCUCAACAUUGAGGAGAGCGUAUCCAUGACAGCGAAUAGAGAUGGAGAUCUGGAUCAACUGGAUAUCCGCGGUGUGUUGACACUUUGCAUUGCAGAUCCCGCUAGUGCUCGGAUUUGCUUCAAGAUACACGCCAACGACGACAGCGCCAUUCAAUUCAAGACACAUCCCAAUGUAGACAAAUCCUCUUUUAAGCAGGGACAUUCCAUCCAGAUGAAGGAUAUCAGUAGGCCGUUCCCUGUGAAUCAAAACUUGGAGGUAGUGCGAUGGAAGUUUACAUCACAAGAUGAUACAGAUGUACCGAUCACAGUCAAUUGCUGGCCAUCUCCAGCUGGCGAUGGCACCUGCGAUGUCAAUAUUGAGUAUGAGCUUGAAGCAGAUGUGGAAUUGCAUGAUGUUGUGAUCACUUUACCCUUACCUGCUGGCCCCAAAGUCAAUAUAGCUCAAGUGGAUGGAUCCUAUUUUGUUGAUGCGCAAAGAAAUGUAUUGGAGUGGACUAUACCUGUCAUCAACAACAGCAACAGAUCUGGUAUAUUGGAAUGUUCUGUUGCAGGCGACAGCGUCGACGACUUCUUCCCUGCGUCAGUGUCAUUUACCAGCGAUAAGCUUAUAUGUGGUGUGGAUGUGGAGGACAUAUACAAUCUUGAAUCUCAAUUGCCUGCCGAGUUCUCCAAGGACAUCUUGCUGAUGACUGAAGAUUAUGUAAUUGGGUAG